AUGCAAAUUCUUGCUCCAAGCUAUGAGCGAGUUGAACAGCUAGACAAUAUCCCGGAGGGUUGGUCAAAAGGGAGCAAGCCUCCAGCUUCAACACUAAUGACCUUCAAUUUGGCAAUCACCCAGAGCAACGCUGCAGAAUUUGAGAAAAAAGUGAUUGAAUUAUCAACUCCAGGACAUGCAACCUACGGUCAACAUAUGAGAAGGGAAGAAGUGAAUGGGUUCCUGCGCCCACACCAAUCCGUUUCAGACUCAAUCCACGCAUGGCUAAGAUCAGGAAAUGUGCCUGCAAGUUCUAUCAAACAAGCAGGCAAUUGGAUAACGUUCACAGUUCCACUCGACCAAGCCGAGAAAAUGAUGCAGACGCAAUUUUUCUAUUUUGAUCAACAGGCUCAGAAUGAUUCAGUCAUCCGUACCCUCGGUUAUUCCGUGCCUCGUAAUAUACAUCGUUACGUCCAAUUAAUCCAGCCAACAACUCGGUUCAGCAAUCUCAGAUCUCUGAAAUUGUCUCUCGUUCAACCAAAAGUGGCAAGCUCCGAAGACUUGGCCGCUGGAUGUCACAGUACUAUCACACCAGCCUGCAUUCGAGACUUGUACGGAACAGGGAACACGACGACCAGACCAAAUCGGCACAAUAUUCUUGGGAUAUCUGGUUACCUAGAGCAAUACGCUCGAUACCGGGAUUUCAACCAUUUCAUGACUCAAUACGCCACAAACAAUACAAGCAACUUCACCGUUGUUUCAAUCCAUGAUGGACUGAACGAUCAGAACUCUUCAUCUGACAGCACCGAAGCAAGCUUAGAUGUGCAGUAUGCCAUAUCCCUUGCAGAUGCAGUCAGAGCAACUUUCUACACCACAGCUGGACGAGCACCCAUGAUCCCAGAGAUCGGCCGACCAAGUGGUUCGGGGCCCACAAAUGAGCCUUACCUUGAGCAGCUUCAUUACUUGCUUAGUCUCUCGGACCACGAGCUCCCAGCUGUGCUGACAAACUCAUACGGAGAAGAUGAACAGAGCGUCCCCGAGUCCUAUGCAAAUGCAACUUGCAGUCUAUUUGCCCAGCUCGGUGCCCGCGGUGUCUCAGUGCUUUUCAGCAGUGGAGAUUCGGGGCCUGGAGGUUCGUGCCUAAGCAAUGACGGACAGAACCGGACCAAGUUCCUACCUUCAUUUCCAGCAUCUUGCCCAUUCGUCACCUCCGUUGGAGGAACGCACGGCACCAACCCCGAAAGUGCAAUUGACUUUUCCGGGGGCGGAUUCUCAGACCUGUUCUCACGUCCAACGUACCAGGACACCGCCGUGACAGCAUAUCUGAGUAAUCUUGGAGAUAAAUGGAGUGGGUUAUACAAUCCCCAAGGAAGAGGAAUACCUGAUGUAGCAGCCCAGUCCAGUAAAUUUGUGGUUCGAGACCAUGGGGAUUGGUUGUUGGUCGGUGGUACAAGGUUUGUGCUUCCCAACCUCUAG